AGAAACACCGUUGAUCUUCCACUGAGAAACUUUUUAUUUUUUUCCCCUAACCUAGCACUUGUUCACUGCAAAGCUUUUUUUGUUACAUUUUGCAGCGAUCUAGGUCUCAUCAUGAGAUGCUGCACUUUAGUUGUGUGCUUAGUUUUGGGGAUAAGCGUGCAGGAUGGAUGGAGUGCUCCCCUCAAAUCUGUCAUGGUUACCUUCCCAGGAGACAUCAUCAAAAAUAUGACUGAUAUGGAGCUGGCAGAAAGUUAUCUGACGAGGUUUGGCUACAUGAAGACAUUGCACCGCAGUACCCACCAGCCUAUGGUGUCUACCUCCAAAGCUCUGAAGAGGAUGCAAAGGCAGAUGGGGUUGGAUGAGACUGGACAGUUGGAUAAGCCCACCCUGAAUGCCAUGAAACGGCCUCGCUGUGGGGUUCCUGAUGUAGCCAACUACAAAACAUUUGAAGGAGACCUUAAAUGGGACCAUAACGAUGUAACUUAUAGGAUCCUUAACUAUUCGCCAGACAUGGAGAGCUCUCUGAUUGAUGACGCCUUUGCCAGAGCCUUCAAGGUGUGGAAUGAGGUGACCCCUUUAACCUUUACUCGCCUCUUUAGUGGGACAGCUGACAUCAUGAUAUCAUUUGGAAAAGCCGACCAUGGAGACCCAUACCCAUUUGAUGGUAAGGAUGGCCUUCUGGCCCAUGCUUAUCCCCCUGGUGAGGGUUUGCAGGGAGAUGCCCAUUUUGAUGAUGAUGAACAUUGGACUUUGGGAAAAGGAUCAGUUGUGAAGACUCUCUACGGGAAUGCGGAUGGUGCAUUGUGUCACUUCCCCUUCACUUUUGAGGGCAAAUCCUACACCACAUGUACCACUGAAGGCCGUACGGACGACCUGCCAUGGUGUGCCACCACUGCUGACUACAACAGAGACAAGACAUUUGGCUUCUGCCCAAGUGAACUUCUGUACACAUUUGGAGGAAACGCCGACGGAGCUCAGUGCGUCUUCCCUUUCGUCUUUCAGGGGGAGGAAUAUGACAGCUGUACCACAGAGGGCCGCAGUGAUGGCUACCGCUGGUGUUCCACCACGGACAACUUUGACAAUGACAAGAAAUAUGGAUUCUGUCCCAGUCGUGACACUGCUGUAAUCGGUGGAAAUUCAGAGGGGGAGCCCUGCCACUUCCCGUUUGUGUUCCUGGGUAAACAGUAUGACUCCUGCACAAGUGAGGGGCGAGGAGAUGGCAAGUUGUGGUGCGGUACCACCGAUAACUAUGAUGAAGACAAGAAAUGGGGCUUUUGUCCUGACCAGGGUUACAGCCUCUUCCUGGUGGCAGCCCAUGAGUUUGGACAUGCCCUCGGCCUGGAUCACUCCAAUAUUAGAGAGGCUCUCAUGUACCCCAUGUACAGCUAUGUGGAAGACUUCUCCCUGCAUCGAGACGACAUUGAAGGCAUUCAAUAUCUCUAUGGACCCAAAACAGGCCCUGAUCCCACACCCCCUCAGCCCAACCCUUCUACUACCGCCUACCCAGAUCCUGAUGAGACUGACGCUACAGAUGAACCUGAACCUACUGAAGCCACAACUACCACCACACGGCCUGUGGAUCCAACCAAAGAUGCCUGCAAGUUUACCCAAUUUGACACCAUCACUGUGAUUAAUGAAGAACUACAUUUCUUCAAGGAUGGGUAUUACUGGAGGAUGCCCAGCGGGAAUGGAGGUGUCAUGGGGCCGUUUUCUGUUUCUGAGAAGUGGCCAGCUCUGCCAGCUGUCAUUGACUCUGCCUUUGAAGAACCCCUGACCAAAAAAAUGUACUUCUUUGCAGGGUCCCGAUUCUGGGUGUACACAGGACCAAGUGUUCUGGGUCCCCGCAACAUAGAAAAACUCGGCCUCCCCAACAACAUUCAGAAGGUGGAGGGAGCACUGCAGAGGGGAAAAGGCAAAGUGCUGCUCUUCAGUGGGGAGAACUUCUGGAGGCUUGAUGUGAAGGCCCAGAAAAUCGACAAUGGGUACCCUCGAUACAUAGAUGUUGUCUUUGGUGGCAUCCCCACUGAUGCUCAUGAUGUAUUCCAGUACAAAGAUCACAUCUACUUCUGCCGGGACCGCUUCUACUGGCGUAUGAAUUCCCGCAGACAGGUGGAUCGUGUUGGUUAUGUGAAAUACGACCUCCUCAAGUGCUCAGAUUCAUCAGGUGUUCUUAUGGAUUCGGAGGAGAAUGAGGUGGAGAGCAGCAGUGAUGCGGGCCCCUCAGGGAUGGAGGAGCCGUCUGAAAGCGGCAUGGGUAUGGAGUCAUCAGAGGCCAUGUCUGCAGACAGCAGUGAUGCUGCAGCCUCCCAUGCACAGGCCCCAGAGUCUGACUGCCAUGUGGGACAGAGCUCAGAGGGGCUUGUGGUGUUCAUCCCAGAAACUAGCUCCAGUACGGACGUCAGAGUGUCAUCAGUCCACCUCCCAGACUCCUCAUCAGUGGCCCAGUCCACCAGUGUGUCCAGCGUCUCCACAGUGACUCAGUCAGUGCUGGUGUCUGAGUCAGCCCAAGUGCUGGUCCACUCCAGCGCUGUGUCUGAAGGAGCUAUGAUGGUUUCUGACUCAACUGCCUCUACCUCGUCAGACUUGGGGUCUGCCAUAGACAAGAUCAUUGAGUCCACAAUCGGCCCUGACAUCAUGAAUGGUUGCAUAGCUGUGACCAGUGCAGAAGAUGGGAGGGCAGAAACAACCCAGUACCUGAUAUUACAAGGACCAGAUGAUGGUGCUCCUAUGGUAGCCCAUAUGUCAUCUUCAGCUCUAUCCAAUCGCAUAGCCAUAGAAGCUCUUGCUGAGGGCCCUACAUCCACCUGUCUAGACCAGGGUGAUCUGCAGGGCAACCUGGAGCCAGACCAACCUGAUGAUCAGCCGGGACACUCGGGUUACCCAGAGGAAAGCAGCAGUCAGCCUGACCAGCCCCAGCAUUCCCACCCCUCCCAGUACAUGGAUUGCAGUGCAGAUGGCCCAGACCAGACAGGGGAGUCCUCAUCUUCGUAUGUGGAAUGUUCAGGCGAGGAACCCGACCAGACACGACCCCAGUCAGGCUUCCCCGACUACAGUGGGGAUAACAGUGACCAGGACCUGCCUGGAUACGUGGAAUGUAGUGGGGCCGAUUCAAACCCCACCAGCCGAGGUCACUAUGUGGUGGAGUGCAGCGCGGGGUAUCUGGAGUGUGCUGUGGACGAUGGAGAGCGGCCACAUCAUUCACGCAGUUACAUUGACAGUAGUGCAGAUCACAGGACCCAGACAAGUCGGCAAUAUGUGGCUGAGUAUGGUGGGGAGUGUGUUGCAGCUGCGGACUCCGAGCAACCAGGUUGUUCUCAGUACCAAGCAAGGGACGAUGAUGAUGAGGAUGAUGAUGAGCAGAACCAGGAUCCAGAUCAGCCACAGCACUCCCAACAGCAACCACAGCACUCCUGUUACAUGGAGAGUAGCAAUGGCCCAGAGGCCUCACUGUACGCUGAUGACAGCUCUUCAUCAGACCACCCUCUGGCAGACACGGCAGGCUCAGGUGGGCUUCCUGAGGCACUAGAGUGCAGUGAGAGCCAGCCUGGGCCCUAUAUCAGCAGCAGUGGGACAUACACAUCUAAUCCAGACCCUGAGCUGGCCCCACAAUGCUCACCCAGCCAAGAGGAGCCACAGGGCUCCCAGGGACCUCAGGAUGAAGCUGGUUUGGUCAGGGAGAUAGAGACAUCAACAGUGGCAGAAGGCUCUGUAGACCGACCACCAAACCUUGCUGAGUUGGAGGAGAUGAUGGAGGUAGUGAUUGUACAUCAGUUCAAAUGUAAGAUGUGUCCAUACAAGAGUGCCUCUAAAGACACGCUCAUUAACCACAUGAGAGACAAACACUUCAAACCUGCAGGGGAUAUGUCAAAGAAGCGUAAACGUGGACGGCCUCCUAAAAGCGAGACGCUGGCACGUCGGCAAGCAGAGAGGGAGGAAGCUGAAAAGAGGAAGGCAGCAAAGGUGAAGAUUGCUGAGCCCCAGCAAGCAGAAGAAGAGGAGGAUGAUAUUGUGGAUUCUGGUGCUAUUGAUGAUCCUGAAGAGGAUAGUGACUACAACCCGACAGAAGAGGAUUGCAAAGGAAGACCACCAACCCUUCUAAAAAAACCCACUCCACCUAUUUCAUCCUCCUCUCAAGGACGUCCUCGACGUAAGGUUGGCCGUCCAAGGAAGUACAGCCUUUUGGAAGAAGGCUAUAGCAAAGAAGCAGAGAGUAUCGCCAAGAAGCCCAGGGUUAGUGCAGAUCCAAGUGUAUCUGAAGAGGCAAGCUCCUCUGGGUUAGGAAACGGUCCUGCUAUGGUGACUGAUGGAGACACAGCAGAGGCAGCAAUAAGCCAAUCAGACUCUGAGAACAAAGACCCCUCGUCCAAUUCACAGCCAGAGGAAGAGUUCUUCCCAAGAAAAAGAGGUCGGCCCUCCAAACGCUUCCUUCGCAAGAAGUAUAAGAAGUAUAUAAAUCGAAAUCGGUACUAUAAAACUCUCAAACCGCUCCUAAGACCUCACAAUUGUUGGAUUUGUGGCUCACGUUUCCUUACGCAAGAAGAUUUGCGCUUCCAUGUGGACUCUCAUGAAGGCAAUGACCCAGAGCUUUUCAAGUGCCUCCAGUGCAACUAUCGCUGCAAACGCUGGUCCUCUCUCAAGGAGCACAUGUUCAAUCAUGAGGGCACUAAGCCUUUCAAGUGUGAGGAGUGUGAUUACACAAGUGUCUAUAGGAAAGAUGUUAUUCGCCACUCAGCAGUCCACAGCAAAGAGAAGACAAGAAGGAUAGAGUUGGUACCAAAGGUGUCAGAGUUCCCCUGCCCUGUGUGUCAUAGAGUUUACCCCAUGCAGAAGAGACUGACGCAGCACAUGAAAACACACAGCUCAGAGAAACCACAUAUGUGUGAUAAGUGUGGCAAAUCCUUCAAGAAGCGAUACACAUUCAAAAUGCACCUACUCACCCACAUCCAGAGUCUUGGAGAAAGCAAGUUCAAGUGUGAGUUUUGUGAUUACACAUGUGACAACAAAAAGCUGCUGCUCAACCAUCAGCUGUCCCACACCAACGACCGGCCCUUCAAGUGUGACUACUGUAAAUACUCCACCUCUAAAGAGGAGUUCCUAGUCUCCCAUCUGGCCAUCAAACACACAGGUGAGAAGCCUUUCUCCUGUGAUAUGUGUCACUUCAUGACAAAGCACAGGAAGAACCUGCGUCUCCAUGUGCAGUGUCGCCAUCCUGAGGCAUUUGAAGAGUGGUCUGUCACUCACCCUGAGGAGCCCAUCAGGAGACGACGCAGACCCUUCUUCACCCUGCAGCAGAUCGAGGAGCUGAAACAACAAAAUGAGAACACACAAGACUUGCAGAACACCAUUGUUGCAGUGGAUUCUGCGACACUACAAGCCAUGCAGGGCAUGGAAAAUGCCUCAGUGUCCCAGGAUGCAUUGGGAAACACCACCAUUAUCUAUGAACAAGCUGAAUCUGGUGAUCUAUCCGCCCAGAAUGCCCUGGACCUGCUGCUCAAUAUGAGCAAUGCCCGCGAAUUGGUUGGAAACUCCUUACAGGUUGCAGUAGUGAAAUCAGGUGGAAGUGCUGAAGUUAAAGCUCUGGAAAACGACACGUGGAGUACAAUGACGGCGGCACCAGGCCAGGCCCAAAAGGUCGUGACCUUUCAUGUGUCUGAGAAUGGAGAAACCGUGUUACAAGAGGCCUACGAGGCAGCCACCUCUGAGACAGGAGAGCUUACCCAGAUCGCUAUCGAAACCUAUGAGGGCGAAGGGGAAUUCAGUGUGGUGGAACAGGCUGCUGAAGAGAUCCAUAGCCCUGGAUACAGUAAUGAUGAGAGCAGUCCUUCUCAGGCUGUAGAAGUCUCUGGGUCGGAGAGCCUGAAAAGUGAAAAGUACUAUCUUACUUCAGCACUGCCUGAUGGAGUUUUGCAGCAGGUGGAGCUGAGCAGUGAAGCUCCAGCUUCUCCCUCUGCAGUGGGCUCUCCCAAUCUGAGCACCAAGAGGUUCUCCUGCCGAAUAUGCAUGGAGUCUUUCCAUGGACGCUCUGACAUGGAGAACCACAAGAAGGCGCACUUGGAUUCCAGUACCUUCAAAUGUCCUGACUGUGACUUCACCUCCACCUCUUGGCCUGAAGUCAAGGCUCACAUGGCGCUACAUUCCUACCUACGCCCUCACAAGUGUCCUAACUGCAGCUUUGCCUCCAAGAACAAGAAAGACCUGCGUCGGCACAUGAUGACCCACACGAAUGAAAAGCCCUUUUCUUGCAAACUUUGUGGACAAAGGUUUAAUCGUAACGGCCAUCUGAAGUUCCACAUGGAGCGUCUGCACAAUCAGGAUCACCCCGCUCGCAAGAGCCGUACGGCUGCAACAUCCCAGCAGACCAUCAUAGUUAACAGUGAUGAAGAGGCUCUGGCCACACUACAGUCCCUGCAGGCACAUCAGACAGUCAUCACUCCAGAGCGGUUGCAGGCCCUGGGACAGGAGCACAUCAUAGUAGCACAAGAACAGGCACUAUCAGACCAGGAGGAGGGAACAUACAUCCAGCAGAUAACCACCAUAGAUGGACAGACGGUUCAGCACCUGAUGACCGGGGACAAUCAGGUGACUGAGGUCCAGUAUAUUAUCUCACAGGAUGGAGUGCAGCACUUAAUCCCUCAGGAGUAUGUGGUAGUAGCCGAUGGCAACCACAUACAGAUGCCAGAUGGACAGAUCAUCCAGUAUGAGCAUGAAGGGGCCUUUUUGCAGGAGCAGCAGAUCGCUGUAAGCCAUGACGGUCAGAUUCAGUACCUGCCUGUCAGCUCAGAGCAACAAAUAGUGAAUCCUGAAGAUCUGGAGGCUGCUGCCCACUCUGCUGUCACAGCUGUAGCAGAUGCAGCGAUGGCGCAGACCCAGACAGUCUACACUGAAGCUACACCAGAACAGCUGGAGCAGUUGCAGCAGCAGGGCAUCCACUACGAUGUCAUUACCUUCACUGACGAAUGGCAGCAGAGGAUUGAGGAGUUUGAACACAUUUUGCUGAGACUCGCCUUUCCUUCGAUUUACAAUAGUUACAACAAGUCCUGCUGCAAACUCUAUCCAGGAGUUUGUUACAAGCUGCUUGACAGUACAGGCUACACCUGUGAUUUGCUGAGAGGAAGAGUGACGACAACUGAGAGAGACGGCUGGAUUGAAUUCAAAAUAUCAAAUGUGCGGUUUGUAGAUGGAGGCUUCUACAGAUGUAUUGUGCUGGAUACUCAAAACCACAUCUAUAGGGACUACUAUGUUGAGGUGUCUGAAGCUUCAAGUCACCACAGCCAGUCUCAGUCUCCACUGACAACAACAAUCAAAGGCCCCAACACCUCCAUAACGCUCCCAGACUCCACUGGACCGGUCCUGGCACAGGACCACAGUGACAGUCCCAGUGUUCCCUGGAGUCUUGGCCUUCCACUAGCUGCCAUUGUGUCUGUCACAGUGAUGAUUUUCAUCACUGCAGUGAUUGGUGUCAUUUGCUCCAGAUUGCAGGCAAAACGUAAACAAUUGGACAAAUAUGGAGAAACUAAUUGUGAGUCACUGAAACAAGAGGCCCCGGAAACGAGCGGUGUACUCUACACAACAGUGGACUUCAGAGCUCAGCAGAAACCCUCAGAGCUAUAUGCAAACCUGAGGAUGUACAAAACACAAGUGGGAGCCCCCAACUCAACCUGGAGCACAGAGCAUGCUGGGAUGGUGGAGUACUCCACACUGGCAAUCCACCAAACAAAGUCCUCAGAGAUCCUCCGCUACUCUCAGAGCAGCUCGAUUUUCUAUUCUCGGCCUGUUCACAAAAAGCUGUUGGUGAUCCUUUUUGUAUCCUCUGUAAAGGGUCAAGUUUCUCUUAAGAGCAAAUGA